AUGGCAACUGCAUCUUACCCACUUGAUCCAGAUCUAAUGAGGGAGGUCCUUGAAUGUCCCAUCUGCUUGGAGACCUUCAACGAGGACCAAAUUAGGCCUAAACUCCUUCAGUGUGGACACACUGUGUGCCGCCAUUGCCUUGAGAGACUGUUGGCCAACACCAUCAACGGUGUGCGUUGCCCCUUUUGCAGCAAGGUCUCGCGCAUGAGCAGUAUCACGCAGCUGGCCGACAAUCUCACGGUGCUCAAGAUACUCGACUGCGCUACGACCUGCGGUGCGACCGCUGCUCUCAUGUGCGCGUCCUGCGGCAGCCGCCUGCCCCGACAAUAUUGCCACGACUGCUCCACCGUCCUUUGCGAGUUCUGUAAAGGCGAAGGCCAUUUACAACGCGGUCACAACGUCCAGCCAGUUCGUACGGCUGCCGAGCAACGUCGGAAAGAACUGGGCGGCAAACUGUCCGCUCUGCGUGAUAUCAUGAGCGAAAUCCAGAAGAAAAAGACGGCUAUUGAAAACAUUACCCGAUCGUUAAAAGCAAAGUACCGAGCGGUGCAGCGGGAUUACACAACGGCCGAGCUGCAGCUUCAAGAGGACCUCAGUCGCUCUAGGAGGACUUUCUCCAUGUCAAUGGCGGAGAUAGAGAAGCUUAACGGACAGGUCCUGGAGGAACAAACGUAUCUCCUGAAUAUUGCAGAGGUGAAGGUUAUCUCGUGCUGUGAUUAUCUGACCAUGCGAGUGAGGCAGAGCGACCUCAGCCUGCUCAAGGAUGAUAGUGGCGGGUGUGAUGACGAGGAGCUCAACCUGAGGAGCACCUUACCCACCGUGUUUCAGCUGCAUGAACCGGAAUUGAUCCGGACUGAACACUCGAAACCAGCAGACGUAGGACAUUUGGUCACGAGCAGGUACACAGUGGACACGGACAGUUCGGAAUGUGCUUUGGAGGUUGCAAUAGAAGGCAAUGUUGAGGGCCUAAAUGAGGCCGUAGGUGGUGCAACGGGACCUCCGUUGGAUCUUUACCGCGAUGUCGACAUGGUCGCGGCGGUAGAUGACUCAUCGAGUAGCUCACCUGGCACCUUUAAGUCCAAGUCCAUGGACGCAGGGGGAGAAUCGCAGGGAGGGGCAUGUGCAGGUACGGGUACUCCAACAUGCCAGUUUGUGAAGAAGAUGGGCUGCAAGGGCGCUCUCCCUGGUUCUUUCAAUUUACCGGUUAGCAUCUGCGUAUCCCAGCAAGGCGAGGUACUCAUAGCCGACCGAGGCAACUACCGCAUUCAAAUCUUCAACCGCAAAGGCUUCCAACGUGAAAUCCGCCGAAACGCCAGCGGCAUCGACAGCUUUGUCAUGAGCUUCCUUGGCGCUGAUCUGCCUAACCUCAUGCCCUUGUCCAUCGCCGUCACACCUCAGAGCCUGAUCGGGAUCACCGACAACUAUGACAACUCGGUCAAAGUGUACACCAUGGAUGGGCAGUGUGUGGCCUGCCACAAAAAUCAACUUAUAAAGCCCUGGGGCAUCACCGCGACGCCGUCGGGACAGUUUGUGGUGUCGGACGUGGAAGGCGGAAAGCUGUGGUGCCUGACGGUUGAUCGCAACGUUGGAGUGGUGAGCUACAGCAGGCUAUGCUCGGCGGUGCGGCCCAAGUUCGUGACGUGCGACGCCGCCGGGACUGUGUACUUCACCCAAGGCUUGGCGCUCAACUUCGAGAAACGCCACAACGAGCCCCACCUUGAGGGGGGCUUCUCUAUUGGCUCGGUAGGUACCGAUGGCCAGCUGGGCAAGCAAUUUAGCCAUUUUUUCUCAGAAGCUGAGGACUUCUGCUGCAUCACUGGCAUGUGCGUAGAUACCAACGGUGAUCUGCUGGUGACGGACAGCGGUAGGAAGGAAAUCCUGCAGUUUCCUAAAGAGGGGGGGUUCAAAAUUCUCAUACAGGAAGGACUGAACUGUCCUGUGGGGGUCGCCACCACGCCUAAAGGGCAGCUUUUGGUGCUGGACUGCUGGGACCACUGUGUCAAAGUCUACACGUAUAUUCAAAGAAGGCACUCAUCCACCUCCUAA